AUGAACAACGACAACACCCCUUUCAAUGGGGACGGCAACACCGUAACUCGGAGCUGUCUCAGCAACUGCAUCAUCAAUAACUCUUGCGUGAAGCGAUCCACACUAAGCGAGUGCGUGAUAUCGAAAACGAAAAACAUGAGCCGGAUCACGGCUGAAAAAUCCCAGUUCCACGACGCGGCCCUGAUCGAGCGCAGCGAUAUUACAGACAGCAUUAUACAAACUCAAAGCUCGGUGUGCCGAUCCACAAUUGGAAAAUCAAUCAUUCAAGACAAAUGUACAGUGAAUCGGAGUACUCUGACCGGAACGACAACCUCAAAAAGCCAACUCGAGAGAGCUACCUUGACAAAUUGUGUCAUCACUGAGUGCACUAUCGAACGAUGUGACUUUCAAGGACUGGUCCUUAAAUAUGGAAUUUGGGAGAGAAAUGAGUUAGUUGGGAAGACCGGGCGUCAGGAUCCUGUUUUUAUUAGGAACUAUGGCUCGAGGGCUGGGCUAUCCACAUCUGUGGUUGUUGGAUCUACUAUUUCUAGCUUAGAUCCCAAGGAUAACGCUCAACAUGCUGUUCCUCCUCCUAGCUAUAAUGUCGACUCAUGUGCUAGUGGGGAUAGUGGGAUUGAUUAUGGCCUUGAUUUACCUCCGCCCUACAGGCCUUAG